AAUAUGAAGAAAUUCUGAAUAUAUUAAGCGAAAAUAAAAAAAAGAAAAAUCGCGAAAAUAAAUUUCUAAUCACUAACAAAUCACCAUUAUCAAACAAAACAAGGGAAAUAAAAAAAAAACUAACUAGAAAAUUUAAAAAAUUCAUAUUUUUAGUACCAUAAUACAAUUUACCGUUGAAUUAGAAAGACGUUACGCGUCGCGCUCAAUAUCACACAAAGCAAAAUAAUAAUAAAAAAAUCGUUUUACAAAAAAACAUAACAAAAAAAACCAACAACUAAGCAAAAUAAUAAAAUAAAAUACUUAAAAAAUAAAAAAUAAAUUGAAAAGAGAGAAGAAAAAAACAUAAAACAUCACAUACCUUUUAAAAAUUGAAUACAAAAUUUAAAUCGUAUUGCAAUUUUUGUACUAAGCGUUGAAAAAAAAAUUAAAAAUUUUAAAUUUAUUCAUAACGCAUUCUUUGUAUAGUUUACACUUUUAUUCUUGAACAUAUCUACAAACAUACAUACCAAUAUAUUGUAUAUAAUCAAAAAACAUAAGUAGAAUUUUCAAAUGUUUAAUUUAUACAUUGUAUAUGGCAACAUUAAAAUAUACAAAUAGUAUUUGAAGGUCGUUUUUACUAAAUAAACGUGUAUGAUUCAAUUAUAUAUUUAUAUGUGCAUACACAAAUACAUACAUACAUAACAAAAAAAAUAGAGUACAGAAUAAAUUCAUAAUCAUAAUAAAUAUUUUUUUUUUAUAAUAUUAAUAAUAAUAAUAAUAAUAAAGUGAAUUUAAUAUAAGUAAAAAAAAAAAAACAAAUAUAAAAAAAUAAAAAAAUAAUAAAUUGAAAAAUUGUUCAACCCGGAUUUUAAUCACAUUGUCGCUUUACAAUAACAAAACAUCACAGAAUACUUACAGCAACAACAACAAUAACAACAAUAAAAACAUUUACAACAAUAAAAUUAAAUUUUUUACCAGUGUAUUUUUUUUUUUAUUAUAAAAAAUAAAAUUUGGGGGAGCAGAACUCUGCUGUCAAAAACAGAAAACAUAAUGUUUGUUCUGAGGGGUUCAUUAAGGAAUUUUAGCUUUUCAUUUUCUUAUCAUAUGAAUUUUUCACCAUUCGGUUUAAAACAAUUAACACAAAAUGAUCCACCAAAACCAGUUGAUCCUAGUAUCCAUGAAGAUGCUCAGUCCUCAGUUCCAAAUUUAGUUAAAAAAUAUGGAUAUCCAGCUGAAAUUCAUAAUGUUGUUACUGAAGAUGGUUAUAUAUUAGAAUUACAUCGUAUACCAAGACCAAAUGGUCAACCAGUUUUAUUACAACAUGGAAUUUUAGAUACAUCAGCAGCAUGGGUUCUAAUGGGUCCAACAGCAUCAUUAGGUUACAUUCUUUAUGACUUAGGAUAUGAUGUAUGGAUGGGAAAUUCACGUGGUAAUCGCUAUUCCAAGAAUCACAAACAUUUAAAUGUAUCAAGUAAAGAAUUUUGGGAUUUUUCAUGGCAUGAAAUUGGAAUUUAUGAUUUACCAGCAACAAUCGAUUACAUAUUAAAUGUAACAAAUUAUGAAAAAAUUCAUUACAUUGGACAUUCUCAAGGAACAACAAUUUUUUGGGUAAUGGGAUCAGAAAGACCUGAAUAUAAUAAUAAAAUUUUAUCUAUGCAAGCUUUAGCUCCAAUAGCUUAUUUAAAUAAAGUCAGAAGUCCUCUUAUAGCUUUAGUUAAUAUAUUAGGUACAUUAGAUACCGCUGCCAAAAUUCUUGGAAUUAAACAAUUAUUACCACAUCACGAGUAUGUGGUUCAGACUGGAUUAUAUUUAUGUCAAGAUGUUGCUAUUACCCAUUCACUUUGCUCAAAUUUAAUAUUUUUAAUAGCUGGAUUUAAUCAUGAAGAAUGGAAUACUAAAAUGCUUCCAGCAAUUAUUGGUCAUGUACCAGCUGGCUGUUCUGUUAAACAAGCAAUUCAUUUUGGGCAAAUAAAACGUUCAAGUACAUUUCGUCAAUAUGAUUAUGGAAUGUAUACAAAUUGGAAAAAAUAUGGUUCAAUAAAACCACCAAAUUAUAAUUUAGAUAAAAUAACAGCUCCAGUAUAUUUUCAUUAUUCAGAAAAUGAUUGGUUAGCACAUGUACAUGAUGUUGAAAUACUUUAUGAAAAAUUAAAUAAUACAAAAGGGAAACAUUUAGUAUCACAUUCAAAAUUUAAUCAUUUAGAUUUUCUUUGGGCAACAAAUGUUAAAUCUUUAGUUUAUGAAAAAGUUAUAGAAUUCUUAAAGCAUUCAGAAUGUUAAAAGAAAAAAAAAAGCAAAAAAUUUAACAUAUGUUGAAACUGAGGAUAAAAGUAUUUACAUGGAUACACAAUAAAUAUCAUAAACCUAAUUAUUAAAAUUAGGUAAUGAAACUUUCAAUUCAGAUUUUAGACAAGAAAAUCUAGAAAAUAUUAUUAUAUUUGAACCUAAAAUGGAGAAUUUUAUCUUAGGGUACAAGAAAAUUUUAAUUUAAUAUUAAAAUAUUAUAUAUAUAGUUAAUUAUUAGGUAUUACAAUAAUAAAUUUACUUUUAUGUCACUGUAGCAAUAUUGUGUCAUUUAACCUUAAAAUUUAAGAUGAAAACUUUAAUUAAACUAUGAUGUAAAAUCAAGGGUUUCAAUAUUGUAAUACUAAAAUUUUAUUGUUAAAAUAUAACAAUCAAAAACACAACAAAUUUAAACAUUUUUAUAAAAUAUUUCAAAU